AGAAACGUAAUCGAAGUGUUGAAUUAAAUUUUAUUGUACAUUUAUCGAAAACAAGCUAAUACAUUUUCGAAUGAUUGAAAAUGGCGGGCUGAUGGUAGCGCCGGAAGUUAUCUGGUUUCGAGGCUUCAUUGCUUGCGAGUCCGUGGAUGUGAACCUUUGUUUUGUACAGAAGAAUGGCUGCCAUCUUUAGUUUUCGAUGGAUGUUUUCCGAAGAGAUCGUGAAUUCUCGUAUUUAUUGUGGUAUUUAAUAACGUAAUAAAAUCUCGAAUAGUGAAAUAACGUUUCCCGCGAUGUAAAGAGUGUUUUUUCGUUUAUUAUUUAAGCUGCCCUGGUGUGACUUCCAUUAAAAAAUGCUUGUGUUUACAUCCAAGUUUAAAGUGAGCUUCUGUAUUCCUGUCAUAUUAAGCCUAUGGUUCAGAAUCCUCAAAUAGCGGAAUCGAAGAGCGUGGUAUCCCGUCAAGCAGGGCGAGGAUAGCCAUCCCAUCCUAACUCUCUCGAGUUUCCAGUUGGCGUGAUUGAAAGGCCUCCAAGACGUCGACUCCGUCGGUGAUCAAGUUAUCGGGGGGUGGAACAGGUGGAGGUGGGGAGCAAUUGUCCCCAGGGCCUGGCCCACCUCCCCCGCCGUCCCCAACCGAGCAUACCGAUGCUCACGAGAACGAUGGUGCCACCGUCGCGUCAAAACGCAUUGACAGCUUUCCACAGAGUGCUGAAACCACCAUGAGCUUCGUCUUAAAGUUGGGCACCGUAGAAACAUCCCUCGAGAAGAAGAACUGUAGCAGCAGUCAGCCGUCCUCGUCGGUGAAUCAGGAAACAUCGAACCAGACGGGAACCGACGAUGCCGGCGGCAAACCACAGAUCCUUCAAUGUUUGGAAAGCGCUGCAGAAAUUCCAACUGGUCAUGUUAUUUCCUUUUCCACCGUGAAAUCAGUUAGCGUUACCUAUCCAGUAGCAAAAGCCGUUAGGGAGGUGCAGAGAAUCACUGGACCUCAAACGAAUACCACCCAGGUGCUGUCGACUCGCGUCAUCUCUCAGAAAUUACCGUCGUCUAGCCAUCAAACGCAGCCCGCGCCUUUAACGCUGAACGCAUCCUCCAACGUAACCCAUGUUCCGGUAAACGCUCAAUCUAUAUCAUCUCCAGGUAGCGGAGUAGCACAUGUGUAUCCUUUGCAGCAUGCCACAGUAUCUACGCAGAGCAAACAGCAAACUAGAAAUCAGGUGGUCGUCACCUGUGAGGGCAAGCAACAACAGCAACAGACGACCACGAUAUCUAGUUUGCAGGCUAACAUGCCUUUAAAAGUCCAACCGGUCCCUUCACAGCUUGUCGUAAGCAACAACGCGGUUAGAGCCAUCACUACCGCGACUUCGUUGCCCAACAUUCAAAGGAUACACGUGAAAACGCAAAAUCUCGUCGGACAGGGUCAGACGGUUAACUUGCAGAAAGUGAAGGCUGUGACGAAUGUCAGUCAAGGGGUAACCGUGCAGAGGAACUCCGUACCUAGGAUACAGACCGCACAGAAGAGCCAAAUGUCGUCGACUGGUGCCGCUCAAACCACCCAGUUUGCUGUUAAUCAAGUCACGAACAAUACCAACGUACAGAGAGCCCAACAACAAGGGAAUUCGACGCUUCAGAAAGCGCAAGCAAACGCCGCGAACACGCAGAAAGUAGCGCAGGUCUACAAUAAUCAAAAGGUAUCGUCGCAGAUGUUAAGUAGCCAUCCGAAUCAUAAAGCACAACUACAACAGAUACCGGGUAAUCAACAGCAGGGAUUACAGAAAUUACAGGUUCAGUCACAGAAGACCGUGACUGUGCCUAGGCAGCAAUCGAACGCUGCGGCGGUGAAUAACGUCCAAAAAUGUGGCAACUCCGUAGCUGGUAUGCAGAAGGUACAAGUAAUGGGGCAAGUACAAUGUCAGCAACAGUUACCGCAGGUUCAGAAACACGUGCAACAGGUUCAGCCGCCGACGCAGCAUCAAAGAUCACAAACUGCGACGGCUUUGCAAAAGUCUCAGACUGCGACCACGGUUAAUUCCAGCAGAGUACAAUCUUUCGCGAGCGCUUGCAAGAGUAACAGCGUUCCAAAUAUCAAUAAAACGCUCCAGAACGCCAACUUAUUAACCGUAAACAAACAACCAGUGAUCCCACAGCCACAACAAUCGCAGCAAGUACAUAUCCAGAACUCGUCCCAAUUGCAACAACAGUUGCUACAGCAAACUUCGCAAGCACAACAACAAUCGCAGCAACAAGCGGCGCAGAAACAACAGUCUCAGCAGCAACAACAAGCGAAUACGAAUCCACAAACACAGAAAAGUCACAGUAUUACAAAUGUUCAUCAAAAGGUUGCGACGAUCGCCGCGACCAUCCCCAAUAACCAACGAACUCAGGUAGUUAACUCCAAGAUUCAACAACAACAGAUGGUCAUGAGAGUAGGUGUGACGAAGAAUCAAGCGCAAAAUUUACAGCAGAGCAACUUGAAAAGUAGUGUACCUCAGAAAAUUGCAAAUACCGUAAAAACUUCGAACUCGCAGAACGUUGUACAACAGUCGUUGCAUAGAAAUGCGAAUGCGCAGCCAGUAAAAAUAAUUCAGCAACAACAGAACGUUAUAGGGCCGCAGAAUGCUCAAAAACAGCCUGGAUGCAUCAAAACGAUACCUCCUCAAAAACCAGCUCAAAGGAAUCACACGCAAAAGGUAGCCGGUAUUAAGACCUCUCUAAAUACAAACGUAGCUGCGGUGAAAGGUCAAGGUCCGGCAACUGCGAUCGCACAAAAGACAAGCAUCAAAACCUUGCUUCCUCAACAGACUGUUGCCACGAAUAUGUUGAUGCAUAAAAAUCAGCCGAUUAAAAUACAGCAGCAAGCUAUACAACAAAAACAACUUAUUACAACGUCACAGUUUUCCCAGCAAGUUAGACAACAAUCUGGACAAGUAAAGACGUUACUGCCAGUAACUAGCAUGGAACCUCGCAAAGAUGUUGAGAAUAAAAUCGAACCCGAGCUGCGCGAAUCUAAAGAAGACGAGCGUCAACAACGUCCUAUAACUCCAAUUAUAAGAAUACCUCCGCCUUACGAGUACGUCCUACAGGAUCACAAUUAUGGGGCACCACCACCACGAACACCAUCACCUCCGUCACCCCCAUCUCAUGCAAAACAGCCUAUCAACGGUGCCGGAAGUUCGUCUACGACUUCUCAGCAUCCUUACAUUUAUGGAAAAGUUGUUAGUGGCGCUAAUAUGGACGACGAUGCAGCCAGUGCUAUCAGUAGCGAAAUAGGCAGGGACGCAGAACUGGAAGGCGAAGAAACCGAAACUGCUCCCGAGGGUGAAGGGGAUGAUGAAGACAGUGUUACUAGAUGUAUAUGUGACUUUGAACACGAUGAUGGAUACAUGAUCUGUUGUGAUCGUUGCUUAGUUUGGCAACACGUUGAUUGCAUGGGUAUAGAUCGUUCUAACAUUCCUGACGAAUACCUCUGUGAGAUUUGUCGACCGCGACGAGUAGAUAGGCAAAGAGCUCGUGCUUUGCAAAUGCGUAAACGCGAGGAAUUGCUAAAUUCAGAUACAUCAUCCGAUACAUCGUCCACCAGUUCGGCAGAUACUGACGUUGGGGUCAGUACGAUUCCCAAGAAACGAACUUUGCAACAACAAAUUCCUCGACGAAAAUCCGAACCUCCGCAAGUAAGACGACUGAACAACAAUAACAACAACAAUAAUAAUAACGUCGCGAAAAGGCAGAGGAGAGAUUCUCAUCCGAGACAAUCCAGUGCUGUUCGUAAAAAAGAAGCUACAAAGCGAGGCCCGGGUAAACGCAAAGCUAAACGGAGAAUGAGUUUGGAAGAUAAAGAAGAGGAAACUCAAGAUACGUGGAACUCCAACGUCGCGCCACUAAGACAGUGGAUCGAACGUUACGAGGAAGCAGUGACAAAUCACUAUAGUCCAGAAUUACGAGCCAGGAUAUCAUCUAUCAAAGUAAAUGGUACACACAGUGAUUUGAGACAGAGUAACAUGAAUGUCAUUGCCACCGGAAAGUGUAGGCUCAACGUACAUAGUAACAACGUUAGGUUUCUGGUAGCAACGAUGUAUCUCCCACCAAACACACCCGUCGUUGAAUUACGAGGAAAGUAUAUGUUAAGUACGCAACAUCGACCGUCCUAUCCUCAAGGAAGGCAUCAUACUCAGAGGCCCGGACCCUUUGUAUUCUUUUAUCGAUUACCACGAGACGGAACAGAAGUCUGUGUAGAUACAAGAACGUAUGGAAACGAUGCUAGAUUUGUGCGACGUAGUUGUAAACCUAACGCGGAAGUGAAACAUUGUAUAGAAAAAGGAACGUUACAUUUGUAUAUUGUGACUACAAUCGCGAUUGAGAAAAAUGCCGAGAUUACGAUCAGACACGAACAACAUGAUCUCUUGCUAUCCCCUAAUCCAAAUAGCCCUAUGAUGCCCAUUGUCUGUGCGUGUAAUAACCCGAGGGAAUGUCAAAUAGUGUCUCUAAAUCAGUUGAAUAGAAGAGGAAGCAACGGAGCAUUGGCUGAGAAUGCAGAUGGCCGAGAGCGGAGACGAAGGGGUAGACGAAACACAAUUUGCGAGGACAGCGAUUCCUCGACCGUGAUAUCCAAUAAUACUGUCAUCACGCAACCUGCACCACCGCCGACGACAGUGUCAUCAUCGGUAUCCGCACCACCAAGAAGGACAGUUACAACCACCGUUGCAAAUACGGUGCGCCAAAUACCUAAAGAGGAACCGCUGACGCUAGUGCAACAGCCGCAAACUUCUCCGAAUUUAAGUCAACCAAUAGUGCCAGAGACUAAGAAAGACAAGAAGAAGAUGACCAGAGAAGAGAGAAAGAUGGAAGCUAUUAUGAAAGCUUUCGAGAGGCUCGAGAAAGCGGAACAAAGGAAACAAGAAGUUCAAGCACGAAAUGCACAGCGGAAGGAGUCUGGUGGUACGCAUAGCGAUAACGAAGAUAGUCAUAGCGUCACGAUACAAACAAAGCAAAAACAACAAAAUUCCGAUAGACCUUUAAGGCGGAAGAGAAGAAAGGGUAGAGCACGGACUACUAGUACUUCUCAAUCGCAAAGUAGCAGUCGAAGAACUAGAUUGAAUUCCGCGGAUUCGGACGAAUCGUCCGGAGAAGAAAGCAAUUCGAUGCAAUCACCACCUUUGUUAAACCAAAAUCAUUCGCAAAGUCGAGAUGCUCCUUAUCACCUGCAUACUCCUGCCAAAAGCACGAACGAAAGCGUGACUACAGCUGGUCAUCAAGGAAUACCAACGGCAGCUGGUUUACUGUUGGCUUUAGCAAAUUCUAACGCACCCGGACCGAGUUCGCCUCCUUUGCAACAACCAACGCCAGUUAAAAGUCCAACCUGUGACAGCGGUGCAAGCAGCAGCUCCCAAAGUUCAACUCCAUCCACUCCUUUAUCCUCGGCUUGCUUGUUAGUCGCAGCAGCGGUUGGUCCUCUAGCUCCUGGCUUUAAAUUUCCGAAAACCAAGAAAGUUCUAAUGAAUGAAUGGUUAAAAGAGUCACCCGAUCCACCGCAAAGCAAUAUAUCUCAGAUCUCACCGUUACCAGCAUUACCACCGGCUUCUGCGACGAAUUCGAUAAAUCCUCUUUGCAGGUCUUCGGAUUUUUCUUUACCGACGGACUCAUCCGCAGAAUUCUUAACGCAGAGUUAUGCAGCCAAAAGUUUAGCCACUCUUGUGCAGGCGGCGAAUUCGGUAUCUGGAAUAUGUGAUUCACCGCCACAACGCAAACAACAGGCAAUCAGUGGAAAUACGAUUUGCCCUGUUUCUACGGGAUCUGCCAAGAAAAGAUGGUUACGUCAAGCCAUUUCUGAAGAAUGUGAUUCACCAAAUAGUCGACCGGAGAGUCCGCCGGCCAGUGAAAUGGUAGCUCCACCGAAGAAAAGAAGAAUAGCUAGGGAAAGUUUAUCGUCAGACAAUUACACUCCACCCACUACACCUACUAUGUUAGUCCCUGAGUCCACUCCGAACAAUAGAUCUUUGUGUCCUGUUGAAGACGAUUUCAUCGAGCACCUACAAUCCUCGUUGGUUGAUCAGAAUGAAGAAGGUCACACGGCAACAGAAUCUGUAAAGCAAGAGGUUGCCUCACACGAACACGCGAAUUCAAACGAGGCCGUACGACAAAAACUUUCGAUAGAUAUUCCACAGGAUUUUCAUCUCAAAACUGUAAAAUCCGAGAAACAUUUAGUGAUAGACACUUCGAUAAUGAAACAAGAGAACAUGGGGGUGAAGAAGGAAGAGAAAGAUGAAAUGGAUUGUGACACUUACAUGCACUUGGAGUCAAAAUCUUUUAUCAAGAAUGAAUUGCGAUCUGUUAAAAACGAACCGGUUGGCCAUCAGAAAAAUAAGAGCAAGAAGGAAUAUAUUAUAAAGAAAGAAGAGAAUUUUGAUAUGGAAAAAGGUACAGUCGAGAUAGUCGAUCAAAACGAAGGAGACACAGAAAUGGAAGAUUUCAGCUCUCCAGUCGCUGUUAUGGAAUCGGAUGCAAUUCUGAAGGAACGCGUGGCUGAGAUGAAACUAGAAUUCGGAGGUAGUAUAAGUGAGAUGGUUAAAGUUGAAGACGAUAAAUGUGAUGAUGAUAAAAGAUCCGAAGACGCGAAGUGCGAAAUGAAAUCUGACGACAACAUGUCGAUCGAUGAAUUUGACGUUGAAGCUCAAAUGAAGAAAAUUACUGGCGACGAUGGAAAUGAUUAUAAGGAAAAAGUAGAUACUAGUUCGGAGAAGGAUAAAAGCAUGGAUGGUAUUGAGGGUUUGAUGGAGAGCUCCAAAGAAGAUUCCGAAUCUGAGGAUAAAGAAAUAGAUGAUGUGAAAUACGAGUCGCCAACGUUCAAAUCAUUCAAUUUAAACCACGAGGAAAAGUUAUUCAAAGAAUUCGGAAGCAAACCCGAACCAGAAUGUAUCAUUGACAAUAGCAUUAAAGAAAUCGAACAGAGCCAGGAAUCUCAGAAAAUUGAACAACCGUCCGCGUUCGUUACUUCAUCCGAAGAAUCCAUUUUUGAGUCUGUGUCUUCCAACAUGGACACAGAAUCUAUCACAGAACCACCAAAGAGUUUCCAUUCCAUUCCACCAUUAAGUGAACGAAUUCGUAAAAAGACAGAAGCAACAAGUGCUCCAAAAAGCCAAUUAAAUUUUGAAGCAGCUAUUAUCGAAUCUACCAUUGAUAUGGAGACAGAAGAUGAAUCCAAAAAUGGCGAACAAAAGUCUAUGCUCUCGACGGCGUUAAGGGAAUUGCUGGAAGCUAAGUUGGAUGAUCUAACAAACGAGAGCGCUAAAGAAGAAGUGAUAGAAGAAAAUAAUACACCAUACAUCGAGCCAAAGUCUGAAACUUCUGAGCAGAUUAUAGAGAUACAAGAGUGUACAGCAAAACCAACCCCUCAAAAUGUUCACAAUGAAGAAACUCCAGUAAAAGAGGAGGAAGCUCCGCCUAAAGAAAUUAAACGAUUAAAGGACCCGAGAACUGUCGUUCCAAAUAGUAUGCCAGCUCCUGCAUUUAAACCCGAAACAAUCCCUCCUGUUAAACGAAAGUUGUCCAUAUCAGAAUACCGUAAACGCAAACAGCAAUCGUCUGGCACGCCUCCAGAACCUGAACCGUCGAGUGAUGCUUCUACAACAGAUAAGGGAGGAGCUAGAGGUAGAUCAGACAGUGCGAGCAGUGGAACUUCGUCGCUCAGUUCCGAUGAGGAAGGUUCCAAAAUCUCAUUAUCUCUUGAUGUACCGACCUUAACCACAUUACCGCUUUUCACGAACGUGGAAGGCGAGGAAAAGAAAGGUGGUGAGGAAGGGACAAUUGGUUGGUCUGCCGCGCCAACUUUAGUCGAACGUCAAAGAGAAAAUCUUACAGAAAGAUUGAAACGAGAAUUUGGAUUGUUCCUCAGCGACGACGAAGAGGAAAGAGCUCGCAAACAUGGUUUAACGGCGGAGGCAAUACUGAAAGCGCGUAAAACAUCUCCGCCUCAUCCUACUGUAUCGAAUACUCCACCAGGUUACCCGGUACCUCAAUUGCCUCCUCAACCCUAUAUACCUCCUCCAGGAUCUGCAUCCAUCCAUUAUUCUCAGUUCCAAGCUAAACCUUGUCCCGUUCAGUACCCAAACUUCACAGUUCCACAGAAUUCUUCGCAACAAGUCUAUUCGAAUGCUACACCUCAGACAUCUGCAAAUAAACAGCCACAACAAUUCUUAGUACCCCAAGCGUCUCAAGCACCACCAGGCUCAAAUCCGUAUCCUCCCCAGUUUAUUCCGCCGUCUACCACAGCAGUAUCGAUCUCCAAAUACACGCCUGUUACACCGCCACCUGGAAAUCAAAUGUAUCCUGCAUCUGGCCAAUCACAGAAACAGUUUUAUAAUCACCCGGCACCAAGGUCUUAACCCACAUAAAAGGUAGCUCUGUCGAAAAGUUUUUAGUCUGGAAAAAUUUUUAUUAGACUUCGUCGGAUCGCGAGUUAAUUUGUCGAUUGGUUUCGAACAAAAGCGAAACUCGCAGCUGGUCGCUUAAUUCCAUUAGAUUAAAGUGUUAAGUUAUCCUCCCUGGCCUGAGAGAAGGGAAGGGGGUGAAACAAGAUAUCUUGAGUGGAACAGAAUAUAAAUUCACGAUCUCUUCUAUUUAACGUCAUUCGUGUUAUAGCAAAAGGGUAUUUAGAUUAUAUGAUAAGAUGAUAAUUCGCGCACGCAACUGACAGUAAAUCAGAAGAGAUUCGUGAUACCAGGUGCUACACUGUUCUCUCUUGUAUUAAAAACCUUUAUGUGCGUACAUCGUUGAUUGUGAAAGGAGAAACAAGGAAUAUUAAUACUACUGAUGGUUUCGGAGACGCACUCGAUGGAAUUUGCGUGGCCUAAAGUGAUAAUUAAGUAUUUUAAACAGAAAAAAAAGAAAUCGAAAGAAAUGAAAGAAAAUAAAACGUAAUGCUCUCACGCAUUAUAUGACCGUGUUUAAGGAAACUACUGGCAUCUAAGCAUUAUGGCCAAAAGUGUAUCGUACGCCGCGUACACUUUUUAUAUUGGAGAAGUGGUGCCCUAAAAAACGUUUAUAUAUAGCACUAGUCCAAUUGUGGCGAAAUUGUAACAAAGCUGAAAUUAAUCUGAAUGAUAAUCGUGAUAUUCAGAGCCCACAUCUGACAGUUAUAUAUAUUAUAUAUGUAUACACACAUACACAAAAACAGAUACACAAAAUGUGCAUACCAAUAUUAUACGAUUUUUCUGUAAAUAUCAUUUGCAUAUAUGCAUAAUAUAACGGUGUCGAAAUGUAUAUUUAAGUUAAAGAUCGAGGGAGAGAUACAAAAAAAAUUCAAACACUGUGCUGUGAGUUGCAAUUUUUAUUUUUAUUUUCAUGUUUUAUUUUUUCUUUUCUUCUUUCUUUCUUUUUCUUCUUCUUUUUUUUUUUUUUUUUUUUUUUUUUAAUAGAAAGAACAAAAAGAAAGGAGUAUCGGCAUGAUCGGAAUUUUAGGAAAAGUAAAUAAUAAAUUCAAGUGAUGAUAUCACUGUACAGUGCCAGGUUUAUUAUCGGACAAUUGGAAUUUUCGCUUUUUAAUUCCAUUGUGACAAUAAUGUCGAUUCUAUAGGAAGGAAACAGGUCUGUUUAGGGUAAAAUUGUACAGGCCCUAGACUGAAUGUUCCUACGUAUCGAUUUCGUCACUCUGUACCUCCUGCUAAGAGUCUGACAUGUCUUUUCUUUUAAGAAUUGUUCUUUUGCGCUCAAAUUUUCUAAUUUCUCUUCAUUGUUUUUCCAUAACACGAUCGACAGUACAACAUGUUUUUAGUUGAUACUGAGAGGCGUCUCCGCGACAAAUAACCUUUUAUUUGAUGAUCCGUGGAAGUCCUGAAACUGAACAUUCAUUCUGAAGUACAAAGCUCUUUAAGAGGCGAUUUAGAGAAAGAAUGUAUAAAAGAGAGAAAGAGUGGGAGAGAAAGAGAGAGGGAGAGAGAGAGAGAGAGAGAGAGAGAGAGAGAGAGGAAGAGAAUAUAAGCUGCAGUAAGAAAAAAGAAAUUAGUAUGACAGGAGAAUCGUAAGCUAUUUUUUGUAAAUGAAAAAGUGAGAAAACGAAUUAACGAAUAGAUAGGUAGAGUGCGUCUUUUUCGUUUCCGAAAUUUGUAAAUUGUUCUAAUUGUUCUAUACGCGUAUUAAAAAAGAUAUCUAAUUUUUUGUUUUUCAAAAGAUUUAUUUAUUUGUGUUGUAAAUCUAUUUUCGUUAUUUUCUUUUCUUCCUUUUUAGUCCGGUGAUCAUUAAUUUUUCUGUAUUUUUAUUUGACGAAUGUAAAUGGUACAUUUGAUUAAGGACAAUUCUCCCAGUGUACACAGCGAGCGGUGUAAUUUAAGAUUAGCGUGUUGUACAAAGAUUUCAUAUCGGAAUUCUCGCGUAUUUGUCGUGUGUACAUAUAUAUAUAUUAAAUACGUUAAUUAAUUACAAUUUCUUAUUGGGAGUUCCUCGUUGUAAUAUGAGUUAUAACUGUCCGGCUUUUGUAUAUUUCGCAGAUUUUAGACUCAUGGUUAACAUUCUACCCAAAAGAAAUACACACAACGAAUUACUUUUCUCGGUCGAAGGGAAAAUUUCUAGCUGAAAAGAGUUUAAACUUUGCUGAAUCUGAAGGCCAUAAAUAUUUCUUACUUUCCGCUGAUCUUUUCCCAUGUGCAACAACAAUUAUAAACAUCAUAGGAUAUAGGAAGCAAUUAUCGAAUCAAACAUUAAACACAGUACUAGAGAAAGAGAAGCAUUUUGAUCGAUAUACUUGAUGUUUAAAGAACUGACCUAGAAAACUUUUCGAGGUAACUAAAUUUUACUUAUUCGCACAGAGACAAAGAAAAAUAAAGUAUUUUCUAAUAACGAAGAAGUGAGAUAUUAUGUACAAUUUAAGAUUUCGAUAACAACGUUUCGGAUAAAUGAAAAAUAUAUUUAAUACUUAUACAUACAUAUAGUUCCUCGAAGAGUUUUCACGAGCCAACAGAUCGAUCUGUUUAUCACCUUUUUAUGUAUUCAUUCAGUUUCAAACGAAUAGUCAAAAAGUGAUCACAAUUGGUAAAUUUAUGUAGUUACAAAAAUUGCGAGGUUUUAGCAAACGACAAAGCCACGUUUUACUGUUGUAACAUGCUUAAAACACAAAUUUUUAAACACGACAUUAAAGUUUAGAGAGAUCUGUAACUAGGGAAUAAGAUAUUAAAAAAACGGAAUACAGAAGAAUGAAUUUUACUGAAAUCCCUGUGCAUUCUAUGGAUUUCGCUAGUAAUAGAAAAAAUAUAAAACUACAGUGUACGAAUUCUUCAACUACUUACUAACUUGUGUUUAUUUGACUGCAGAUUUUAUUUAAGAAAAAAAAAAAAAAAGAAAACAAAAGAGAA